AAUGUAUGUGCCAACGUAAGUGUAUGCGCGAUUGUUUUGGUCGCCGAAUUGUUGGCAGCGAAGUUUUGAAGAAACAGGUGGCUGCUAUAUGACUUUAAGUUGGUAGAAGAAUAGCCAACAAGAAAGUGGUGACGUGUUUCUCUUAUAUAGAAGGCUACAUCCUUCAACUUCGCACAGUGAAGAAGAAGAACAGCACUCUCCGAAAAUGUCUCUGAAAAAGUCGACGUGGUGCAUUGGCGGUUCCACAUCUAACCUGCUGCUGAUAGCGCUGUUCGUUGCGCUAAGCGCCGUUCUGGACCGUGCCAGUGGCGACGUGGGACUCGUGCACCGGCGUUUCGAGUACAAAUACUCAUUCAAGCCGCCCUAUCUAGCGCAAAAGGAUGGCACAGUUCCGUUCUGGGAGUAUGGAGGCCAUGCAAUUGCCAGUUCGGAAAACGUGCGCAUUGCGCCGUCGUUACGCAGUCAAAAGGGAGCAAUUUGGACCAAGCAAAAGACCAACUUUGACUGGUGGGAGGUAGAGGUCGUUUUCCGUGUGUCGGGCCGAGGUCGUAUCGGUGCUGACGGUUUGGCCUUCUGGUACACGGCCGAGAAAGGAAACUACCUUGGAGACGUGUUUGGAUCGUCCGAUCGUUGGGUUGGUCUGGGUAUCUUCUUCGAUUCGUUCGAUAAUGAUAACAAGCACAACAAUCCGUACAUUUCGGCCGUAUUGAAUGAUGGUACCCGCGAGUUCGACCAUCAAAAUGACGGCUCUACGCAGCUUCUUUCCGGCUGUUUGCGUGAUUUCCGUAACAAACCAUUCCCAACACGAGCGAAGAUUGAAUAUUAUAACAACAUUCUGACGGUUCUGUUCCACAAUGGUAUGACUAACAACGAUCAGAACUACGAAAUGUGCUUCCGGGCGGAGAAUGUGGUGCUUCCGAAGAUGGGUUACUUCGGAUUGUCGGCUGCCACAGGCGGAUUGGCAGACGAUCAUGACGUGUUCCAUUUCCUUACCACGUCUCUGCACAUUCCUGGCCAGUUUAAGGAGGAACCCGCUCAGGGCGAAGACUCGGCCAAACUUACGCAGGAAUAUCAGGAUUACCAGAAAAAGCUUGAGUUGCAGAAGGAGGAGUACCGCAAGGAACAUCCCGACGAGCAAAAGGACGACCUAGACAGCCUGUUCGAAGACUUUAACGAACGAGAAUUACGUCAAAUUUGGGAAGCACAAACGAACACCUUUGAGCAGCUGCGCACGCUGAGUUCCAAGCUGGACGAAGUGAUCGGCCGCCAGGAACGUACGCUGGGACUGCUCUCCGUGUCGGCACAGGCUGGCGGAGGUGGAGCUCCACCGCCGCAGAUUGCUGUCGGUGGAGGUGCCGGUGGAAGUUCGAUCAUGCGCCAUGAAGUGGACGCUCUGUUGCAAAACCAGAACGUGAUGGUGCAGACGGUACGCGAAAUCCGUUCGAUUAUUGGCGAGGUGCACGCCCGGACGGACAGCAUCUUGAACAAUCAGGCACGUGCACCAACGGCGCAAGUACAGGCCGGUGGAUAUGAUGUACAAAGCUUGAUGAAUGAGAUGCGCGAUGGAAUGAAUCAAGUCCGGCAAGGUAUGGCAGGAAUGGCCCAAAGACUGCAGUCGAAUGGACCUCAGGGGCAAGGCUCGGGACCGUGUCCCACGCAAAACUGUCUCAGUAUGACGGCAUUCCUCGUAGUGAUUGUGGUGCAACUGCUGGUGAUGCUAGGUUACAGUAUGUAUAGGGAUAGCCGAGAGGCUCAGGCGAAAAAGUUUUAUUAGAUAGCAAAAUAUCCUAUUGAACGUUAAUCGUGAGAACGUAAUGUGUGUGGCAAUGAUCAAUCAAUCCAUCGAAAGCUAAUGUAAUACAGGCAGCAAACUCGGAGUGCACUAUUUUGCACGAUAACAGUCGUUUCGAGGGAGUAAACGCCAGCCACAACCAUAACGACGUAUUUUUUCAAAGGUCACUUUUCAAGAGUUUUUUUUCUUUGGUUUGGCGCGUUAAAAGUGACAUAAAUGGUGUAUUUUUCAAAUUAUAGCAUCAUAGUCAACUACAUAUUUGUUCAAUCGAUUUGUACUCUGUUCCGGUUGUGUCCUUGGCGAAGUAUUUUUUUUCUCCGGCAAGAAGUGCAUUUAUUAAUAUGUGCAAAGAAAAGUUGUGAAUGUUUUAGCAACGAUGUAGUACAUUCGAUGUGACCAGUCGGUUGUGUCGCUAUUCGGUUAUUUUUCGUGUACUUGGCUUAGACUAUUGUGAGAUAUAGCAGUAAAAACGUCGAAAAUAUACGAAAUUCUUUGUAACGAAGCACUGUGGGUAUUUUUGUUUUGUUAGUUCUUUAAAAACAGCAACUUUCGUUCCGAGCUCGAAAAGAUGUUUCUUUCGGUUCCUUCGGCAAACCGACAGUAACGCAAAAGUUAACAAAAGAACCUUUGAUAUGCAUGUUUUACAACUAGCAAUGUUUCGAUAUCGCAUUCGAUUUUAAUCGUUUUUUCACCACAUGUACUGCUGAAAUGUACUUAAAAGAAAGACUUACGUACGACUGCCAGAAAAGUAUAUACUGAUAAAAAUGAAAACAAGAAUUUAUACCGAUUAUCCACCAGCGUUACCAUAGUACCGUAGUGAAACGGUUUUGAUUAAUACCACGUGUUUUGGUUCUUAUCGGUCGUUUUUCUGUUGGUGAUUAGAGUAGCAAAAGUAUUUUGUCAUUCGUUUGCAGGAGUCAUAAGAAAUGUAAUAAAC